AGAAGAAGCCGGACGACAACAGUCAUGGCUGCGUCCUGCUCGUUCGUGUGCUGCGGAGAGGAGACAGAUACCGACAAAGCUGUUAUAGUCCGCUUUUCAAAUGGCAGCGUCAAAAAUGCAAACAGGCUGGAUUUCUCCAUGUACAAGAACACAGAUGAGAUUAACCCAAGAAAAAAGAGCAGGCGGAUACUGGUUGCUGAAUCAGACAGACUGUCCUAUGCUGGACACAAUUUUGGAACAGGAUCACUGAAGUGCAAUAAUCUUUGCAAAUAUUAUGUUGGUGUGUUGAACAAACAGACCAUGCAAAUGGAAGUGCACAAUGCUCAGCUCUUCAACAUGCAACCAGUUAUACCAGGAGAAACAGAUACUGCAAAGUCCCAGGACACAACUCAGACCUACAGAGACAAGGUUGACUCAUUGAUUGAGGCCUUUGGCACCAACAAACAGAAGAGAGCUCUGAGCUCCCGCAGGCUCAAUCAGGUGGGCAACGAUACUCUGCAACAUGCAGUGGCUAAGGCUGCCAACACUGUGAUUGACAAGAAGGGUCUGGAAGCUCUACAACAGGAGGUGGCAGAGACAGAGUCGCAGGGAGAACUGGCUCUCCACCUGCCACCCUGCAAUGCAGACGCAGACAAACAAGAGGACGUUUAUCCAUUUGAUGAUCUCCUGAGUCCAGUAGAGUUUGAAGCUUUAGAGCAGGCUGGUUCCAAGAUGGCAGCAUUGACCCCUGAGGAGCUGCAGAAGAUGAGAGAUGACGGAGGGUGCCUGAGUGUUGUGAGGCACCUAGAAAACCUGCCAACUACAGACAAAGCCAGAGAGAAAACAGCUCGCUGCGCCUUUUAUCUUUCUAUGCUCCUUAAACUGGUGCGGCAGAGGAGCAUCAGCCGCAAAUUUGGGCAGGAGGAAGGCUGCCCUCGCAUCAUUCAGAACAAACUCUUCAAAACGUUCACUGUGGAGACUUUCAACAACGGCAGGCUGCAGAACACAGUGUCUGCAUCGAUACAUGCCAAAAUAGCAGCGUACUGCCUGGCUCUGCUGCUGCAUUUGGGUCACAUGACUGCUGACCUGACAUUACUGCACCGUGAUCUGAGAAUCACGGAGGCCAGGAUGAUUGAAGUUGCAAAGUCAAUGGGAUUGACCCUAAUUCGACCAGCUCGUGCCAAGGCUGAUGAAGCUGGACUGCAAGAUAACCACACGCAGGCCUCUCUUGUUCUCCCUCUGGUCAAAUAUGAUCAGCUCAUUGAGAGGCGAAAGCGCAAGAAGAUGCACUGAAGGCCAUAAGAAAUGACAAGAAGUGGACACUGGAAAAAGGAACCGUAACAAUUGGAAAUACAACAAACCAGACUUAUUGUAUUUUGUAGACAAAUAAAGUGGUGAACUUUGAGUUA